UAGCACGAAACUCGUACUUCAACUCAUAACAUAACUGUGAUUGACUGACCGUUAAACUUUUUAUUAGUUUCGUAGUAGCCGUACGAAGUGGUUGAAUAUUUAUUUAGCACUUAAGUAAAUUGAAAAAAUAUAUUAAGUAAUAAAAAAUUAAAUAACAUAAUGUCACAAACUUUCCAAAGAAUCUUCCAUGAACGCGAUCCUGUGGCUGAGCAAUUGCCGCUCUAUGGUUCGCCAAUACCAAUAAUCGUACUGACGUUGAUCUAUCUCGCUAUUGUAUUGGUCCUUGGACCGCUUUUCAUGCGCAAUCGGAAACCAUUUAACAUAAAAAACGUGAUAUUAGCAUAUAAUUUCGCACAAAUAAUCGCUAAUUGUUGGUUGUGCUAUCAAUUCAUCGUAAUUUUCUAUGCGAAUCGCGCUGAUGUACCUGAUUUCGGUUGUCUCACGAAAUUCCCGCAUUCACCAGCCCUGCAGGAGCUUAACAUUUAUGGCCUCUACAUUUUCUAUCUGCUCAAGGUGAUCGAUUAUGUGGAAACGGUUUUCUUUGUGCUGCGUAAAAGCUUCAAACAAGUGUCAUUCCUGCACAUCUACCAUCACAUCAUGAUGAGCACAUUUGUUUACUAUUUGGGCAGCUAUUAUGGCGGUGCCGGCCAAUACGCCAGUGUCAUCGCUUUGAAUUGUGCUGUACAUGGUUUCAUGUACACCUAUUAUUUGGUAUCAGCGCUGCAGCCGAACAAGAAGAUGGGCUUGUGGUGGAAAAAGUACAUAACAAGAAUACAAUUAACACAUUUCGUAUUGGUUUUACUUCAUCACUCGUAUCCUUUAGUAUUUCGUCCGCAAUGUGGUUUUCCCAAAGGCCUACUGUGGUUCGCUGUGUGCCAGUCUUUGAUUAUGGUGGCGCUCUUUGGUAAUUUCUAUCGACGUACAUAUUUACAAAAUAAACAAAAUAAACAAAAGGAAGAUAUAAAUGGCAAUGAAGAGAAAAGUGUUAAGAAUAAGUGAGGAGUUAAUGAGAUUUGUGUUAAAUGCAUGUAAAUAAUUACUUAAAUUAUAGUGUUAUUUUAGUGGAAAAAAUAAAACAAAUUAAUAUUUUAUCAUAUGAAUUGUACAAUAUAUCCAUAAACACUUUGUAAGAAAACUGUCCGACGAUGUUUGAGAGCUUAGUAAUACAAUAAAUGAAGUAAUUGCGAACUCAUCGACAUUAUAUACAUACAUAUGUAUGUAAAUUAA